AUGAUGGAUGGUUCCAUAACAAGGAAGGUAACAUCAACGUUGUCCAACCAAUUGGCGACCUGGAAAUGGAAACUGCAGUUAUCGUUAUUGGAAAGAAAAUUAGCGACAAUAAACAAUGAUUAUUUUCUCCUGCAAUGGGAACUCCUUUUUAUAACUAAUGAAGUGAUGAAAUGGAAAGAAAUGAUUGCCUUUUUGGAAAGCCAGUUAUUUUGCACAACGCAAAAUUUCGUGGCACAAGAGACACAUGACAGGGAAACCUUUCAAAGCCUGGUAGAUGAUUAUAACAAACAGUUGAGCGAAAAUAACCUGAUUAUUUCUGUAUUGAAAAGUAGACCACAGCUAUCAUCAUUUCCUAUAUAUUUGAGCGAUGAGGUGUGUUCACACCUUAAAUUCGUCAUCGCGGAACUAAAUUCAUUGAUAAUAGUUUUUUUUAUUUCUUUAGUAUUUUUGUGGGUAUCGAUAGAAGUUUAA